AUGAGCAGCGACAAACUGGAGAAGCUGAGGAAGCUUCAGGCGGCGCGCAGAGGUAAACAAGACCACGGUUACUCCCACAGCAGCGAUGAGGACAACGAUGUUCAGCUGUACGAUGAAGUCGAUGAGAACGAGUAUAAGAAAAGGAAGCGGCAGGAGCUGCUGCAGGACGAUUUUGUUGUAGACGAUGACGGCGAGGGAUAUAUCGAUCGCGGGGUCGAGGAGGCUGAGGAAUACUACUCCGGUGAAAGCGACGAGGGCGACAACGCUAAGCAUAAAAAGGCGCCAAAGGAUAAGAAGAAGAAAACCAGCGUCCAAAGUAAAAAUGCAAUUGGGAGCAUGUUACGUGCACAGCACUCCAAAAAAGCGGCAAACCUUCAGAAAAAAACACUUGCUAUCGACAACUUCGAUGACAUUCUAGGAGAAUUCGAUGCAACUGAGACAAAACCUGCCCUGCACCGAGUCAUUCCUGCUAGACUUCCCUCAUCCCCGCAGGAAUCUUUCAAAAGAAGUCAGGACACAGAUUCAAGCUUUUCGAACACUGUAAAGAGGCAAAAAAAUGAUAACUCUGCAGCAUACGAGUUGAGGUUGAACUCCUCCCCGCUCAGGAAUCAGGUGUCUAAAGCUAAACAUGACAUUACAGAUUUUGACGAUCUUCUAAACGACGUUGAAAACUCUCCAACAAUGACUAAAAAACCAGUAUCAUCGACGUCUACAAGUCCGCUCAAGAAAACUGUCCCAGUAAGUCUGGACGACGACGACGACAGUGAUGAAGAACUUGUCUUUAAAAAGAGACCGAUGAGAAGUGUCACUACGUCUAGACAGGUAACGUUGAACCCCAGGAGCAACCCUAAUUCAUCGCCCUUUGUCACUGCUCCAGGGACACCCGUUGGUUUCAUCGAUUUGAAAAACAAAGAAGGUUCGCUGUCAAGCAAUACUCCACAGACCUCAACAAGCGAGCCGUUGACUUUUGCAAACAAGUAUACCGAAUCUCAAAUGGUAGAAUCUAACACUGGUAACUCUUUCGAGAUGUUUUGGCUUGACUUUGCCGAGGUUAACAACAGCUUGGUCCUAUACGGGAAGGCCAAAGCUUUGGACGGCACAAUGGUAUCUGCCAUGGUCCAAAUCAACGGUCUGUGUAGAGAGCUAUACUUUUUACCUAGAGACGGGAAGUCUGCUGCAGAUAUCGAAGAAGAGAUUCUGCCGUUACUCAUGGACAAAUACGGACUAAACAACAUUCGUGCCAAACCAGAAUCAAAAAAAUAUGCAUUUGAACUACCGGAUAUCCCUCACGAAAAGGAGUACCUGAAGGUCCUGCUUCCAUACGAAACACCCAAGUGCAGUCACGACCUCCUGCCUCCCGAUCUAAGCAGCGACAAUUUUUCCCACGUUUUCGGUGGGAAUGCCAACAUCGUGGAGAGCUUUGUUGUCCAAAACAAUGUAAUGGGACCCUGCUGGCUAGAGAUAAAAAACGCCGAUUUCAAAGCCUUACAAAACGCCUCCCACUGUGCUAUCGAGGUCGCGGUAGCCAGUCCACGAGAUGUUCAGCCAAUCAAUACUAGCGAUGUGCCUGAACUAAACGGUAUGUCCAUCUCCAUCCAAACUGUAAUGAACUCAAAGGUUAACAAACAAGAAAUUGUCGCGAUCACACUAUCCAAAUACAACAACAUUUCGUUGGAUAAACCCAUUCCGGAAGACAUAAAGCCUGAAAGUGUUGUGACUUUGGUAAGGCCUCCUCAGGGAAACAAUUUCCCAAUAGGACUUGCUAAGCUUGCUCAGCAAAAGCUACCUGGGACUUUACGUUUGUUUAACAACGAAAAAACGCUGUUAUCGUGUUUCUGUGCUAUGGUCAAAGUGGCUGACCCGGAUGUUCUAAUUGGGCACAGACUAGAAACAGUUUACCUGGAUAUUUUGGUCCAUAGAAUACACGAAUUCAAGAUACCCACCUUUAGCGCUCUAGGACGUAGAGUGAGAAAAGUUUGGCCUGAUAAGUUCGGGAAGAGUCAUGCCAGUAUGAACAGCUUUUUUAUACGUGAUUUGGUAUCUGGGAGACUGAUAUGUGACAUAGCAAACGAAAUGGGACAAUCGUUAACGCCGAAAUGCCAGAGUUGGGACCUACGGGAAAUGUACAUGGUUACAUGCAACAAAGACCAUAAAACAUUAGACAUUAAUUACACAGAUCCACGGUACCAGGAUGAUGCCUCUAACUUGAACAUGGCGCUACAGGAAAACGUUGCAAAUUCUAUGAUUGCCGCCGAGGUGUCGUUUAGGAUACAACUGCUGUCUCUGACGAAACAGUUAACUAACCUUGCGGGCAAUGCGUGGUCGCAAACAUUAGGGGGUACCCGUGCUGGUAGAAACGAAUAUAUUCUACUGCACGAAUUCUCUAAGAACGGCUACAUAGUUCCGGAUAAGGAAACCCAAAAGAUGAGAAAUCAAAGGCAGAUGCAAAUGCAAAGAAACGAGAAAGGUGAUGAGGAUACCGAAACAACAGCUUUGGGUUCCUCUAAAAAGGCCAAGUACCAAGGUGGUCUAGUUUUCGAGCCCGAAAAGGGGCUGCAUAAAAAUUAUGUUCUGGUGAUGGAUUUCAAUUCUUUGUACCCAUCGAUUAUCCAGGAGUUCAACAUUUGUUUUACCACUGUAGACCGGAACUUGCAAGAUAUUGACGAGUUGCCCACUGUGCCCUCUGAUGACAAAAAUCAGGGUGUUUUACCCAGAUUAUUGGCAAAUCUUGUCGAACGUCGUCGUGAGGUCAAGAAAGUAAUGAAAACGGAGAAGGAUCCCCAUAAAUAUGUUCAGUGUGAUAUCAGACAACAAGCACUGAAGUUGACAGCCAACUCCAUGUACGGUUGUUUGGGUUAUGUGAACAGUAGAUUCUAUGCCAAGCCCCUGGCAAUGUUAGUUACUAACAAAGGUAGAGAGGUUUUGAUGAACACGAGGCAACUUGCGGAAACCAUGGGACUUGUUGUUGUCUACGGUGACACAGACUCUGUUAUGAUUGACACUGGGUGUGAAAGUUACGCAGACGCUAUCAAGAUUGGGGAGAAUUUUAAGAAACUGGUUAACGAACGGUACAAACUUUUGGAGAUUGAUAUUGAUAACGUUUUUAAGAAGUUGCUCCUUCACGCCAAAAAGAAAUACGCAGCCUUGAAUGUCACAAUCAAUAAGGCAGGCGUGGAACAUGUUAAGUUGGAAGUCAAGGGUCUGGAUAUGAGACGUCGUGAGUUCAGUCCGCUGUCCAAGGAUGUCUCGACGCAUGUCUUGAGUACCGUGCUAUCUGAUAAAGAUCCAGAGACGGCACUUCAGGAAGUAUACGAGUACCUUGAAGACAUUAAGACGAAGAUGGAAAACAAUGAGAUUAGAAUUGACAAGUAUAAAAUUAACACAAAGAUAUCCAAAGAUCCUACCGCAUACCCUGGGGGUAAAACGAUGCCCGCUGUCCAAGUGGCGUUGAAGAUGCGGAAAGCCGGAAAACUAGUUAAAGCUGGAAACGUUAUUACUUUCAUUAUCACGAAACCUAAACUUGAGGACGAGAAAAGCGGCGAGCGGUCCCACCCAGCCGAAAGGGCGUUUGCACUGAACGAUGUUAUGGAUAAGAGUAACAAUUUACAGCCAGAUCCUGAGUACUACCUGGAGAAGCAAAUUUUCUCCCCCGUGGAAAGACUUCUCGAAAGGAUAGAAGGGUUUGAUGUCGUCCGUUUGAGUCAAGCAUUAGGACUGGACAGUAAGAAAUACUUGAUUAGAGCGAGCGACGAUGCUAAUGGUCAUGGAAGCAACAGUCUACAACCUUUAGAGACUACGAUUUCGGAUAUGGAACGGUUCAAAGAUUCCUCUAAUUUGGAGCUACACUGUCCAAAUUGCUCCCAACAAUUUGUAUUUGGUGGUGUUAUUGCGUCCAACUUCUAUCAAAUGUGCUACAAUGGGCUGCAGUGUAAGAAAUGUGAACAUAUUUUUACUCCAAUACAACUGUCAUGCCAGUUGGAAAGUAUAAUCAGAGCGCACAUAUCUCUGUACUAUGCGGGCUGGUUGGUUUGCGAUGACAUGACUUGUGGCAACGUCACUAGACAGAUUUCGGUCUUCGGUAAGCGUUGUCUGAACGAGGGAUGUACUGGCGUAAUGAGGUAUAGGUAUUCGGAUAAGCAGCUGUACAACCAGCUACUAUACUUCGAGUCCCUCUUUGAUUGUGCCAAAAAUAAGAAGCAAGAGCUGAAAGCUGUGUAUUACGAGGGAGAUAAGGACUAUCCGAAGGAAAAGUUAUCGGAGUCAUCCGUAAUGGUCUUGACGGAGCAGAACAGGGAACUAUUUGAAAUCAACCGUGCUGUCAUAGAAAAGUACCUGAGCAACUGUGGUCGUCGGUACGUUGACAUGGGAGGUAUAUUUGAUUUCAUGACCAAUUGA